AUGAAAGUUGGACGUUGGGAGGGAGGGAGAGAACUUUUCAAAUGCGAUCUUAUUGUCCUGUCCUGGAUCCGGGAGAGCGGGGAGCGGGGCCGGGUCACCGGGAGCCUGCGAAAUACCAUUUGAGAAAUUCAGUUUUGUUCCUCAGCAAGAUUCCUUCUCUUCACAUGUAAAUGCGAUGCAUAGGCCCGUCGAUCCUAAGAAUCGAAUAAAAAUGCAUAUGUCCCAGCGACUGAGGUGCGUGGAGGUGGCCAGGGGAAGAUCGGGGUACGGUUUUACUCUUUCUGGACAGUCGCCAUGUGUCAUAAAUAGUGUCAUCAAGGAUAGUCCUGCCGAGUUUGUAGGGCUCAAACCUGGAGAUCAGAUCUGUGCUGUGAACGAAACUAACGUCAAGAAGGCAUCUCAUGAAGACGUGAUCAAGCUAAUCGGGCAAUGUUCCGGCGUCCUUCACAUGGUCAUUGCUGAAGGAGCUGGUCAUAUGGAUUCAUGCUCAAGUGAUGAGGAAAUUGCUUUCUAUGAAGGCAAGACCUGCCUGAAGCCAAGGCCUGAUUCUAAAGCGUUGGGCAUCAACCGGGCAGUCAGGGUUGUCGAAGAGAUGCAGUCUGGAGGGAUAUUCAGUAUGAUCUUGGAGAAUCCAGCAGGGGGUGGAAAGACUGACAGCCACGCAGCAAAGCAUAGGUCGCGGUCAAUGUCCGCCUCACACUACGAAACGAGGAGGGAGAAAACAAAUCGCAGCCUCGACUUGCUUUCGAGGGAUGAAAUCUCAAAGAUGAUAAAUGGUGACCCUGUGUUUCCCAAUGGCCAGCAGAACAUGGAAGACUUUGAGUUGGACGCAAGCAUCUUGAAUGUUGGCAUGAUAGUUGGCUACCUUGGCUCAAUAGAACUUCCCUCUACGAGCUCUAACCUUGAAUAUGACAGCUUACAGGCCAUCCGCGGGUGUAUGAGACGACUGAGAGCCGAACAAAAAAUACAUUCCCUUGUCCUGAUGAAAAUAAUGCACGACAACAUCCAGCUUUGUACCGAUAAGGCUGGUAUUAUAGCAGUCUACCCUGCAGAAAAACUGGCGUUCAGCGCAGUGUGCCCCGACGAUAGAAGGUUCUUUGGGCUUGUAACUAUGCAAAGUAGCGAUGACCAAAGCUUGUCACCGGAUGCAGAAGAGAUUUUGAGGACCUCUUGUCAUGUCUUCAUGGUGGAUCCAGAAUUAUUCCACCACAAAAUACAUCAAGGCAUUGCUAGGAGAUUCGGAUUUGAGUGUACACCAGAUCCAGACACCAAUGGUUGUCUGGAGUUUCCACCUUCUUCUUUGCCGGUUCUACAGUUCAUCUCAGUUCUUUACAGAGACAUGGGUGAGCUCAUAGAAGGGAUGAGGGCGAGAGCUUUCCUAGAGAAUGACGCGGAUGCCCAUCAGAACAACAGUACCAGCAGUAACAGUGAUAGCGGGAUUGGGAAUUUUAACCAGGAGGAAAAGACUAACCGAGUGUUGGUUGUUGAUUUAGGGAGUGCUCCAAACAAACAUAUUCCUCAUGGAAUGUGGGAGAAUCCAGGAGGAAGAGGUCCGAACCCGUCUGCUCUACACUGGAACGGUUAUUGCAACGAGGAUGACGGGCAUUUUCCAUCGCACGUCUCCCUUGCUGAUAAACCACAAAACUUCAAGAAGCAUUUGGGUCCAUCGGCUCGUAUUGAAGUUCCAGUUAUCCCAACAAGAGGACCACCGCUUCCCUCAAAAAAAUCUAGUCCUUUGGAUGUAGGAGGACAAAAGAAAUGGCUGCCGGUCCAUGUCAUACGUGAUUGGCAACAGGGGAAUGUUAGUGAUCAGGAGUCUUAUGCUGAUUCAACCGAUGGGUGGUCCAGUGUUAACUGUGGUACUUUACCUCCACCUAUGAGCAAAAUCCCGGCUGACAGAUACAGAGUUGAGGGAAACUUUGUACAACCGCCUGCCCGCAAAGAUGACUGGUCCAAGAAAGCCUUUGACAUACACAACAUUUUCGGAGUUGGGCACAAUUCUAAGAAGUCGAGAGAGAAUAGAAAGAGUUCAAAAUUUGCCCAUUCCAGUGGGGUGGUUCAAGGUCCGCAGCGCUCCUCAGGCCGGAGGUCACUUGGAAGGUCCAAGAGGUUUAGUGUCACACGAUCUCUUGAUAAUCUGGAGGCUGCCACAGUCUCAGACGGAGAAUUGAACAGCACUGAUCUGAAAGGAUGCGUCAGCGAGAACAGUUUGAGCAGCAAUGCCAGCCUGCCCAGCGUGCAGAGCUGUCGGAGGCUUGGAGAGCGCAGGGUUGCCAGCUGGGCUGUCUCUUUUGAACGACUUCUUCAGGAUCCAGUUGGCGUUCGCUAUUUCACGGAGUUUCUAAAGAAGGAAUUCAGUGAGGAGAACAUCCUGUUCUGGCAAUCCUGUGAAUAUUUUAGCCGCGUUCCGGCGCAUGAUAAAAACGAGCUGUCAUUCAGAGCCCGGGAAAUUUUUAAUAAGUUUUUGAGCAGCAAGGCGACCACCCCGGUGAACAUCGACAGCCAGGCUCAGCUAGCCGACGACAUUCUCAAUGCGCCUCACCCCGAUAUGUUCAAAGAGCAGCAACUCCAGAUCUUCAACCUGAUGAAGUUCGAUAGUUACACCCGAUUCCUGAAGUCUCACCUGUACCAGGAGUGUAUGCUAGCAGAGGUGGAGGGGCGUUCACUGCCGGACCCCCAGGAGAUACCCAGCAGCCCAACCUCGAAGCAUAGUGUCAGCUCUGAUCGCUCCAACAUCUCUACCCCUAAGAAGCAGUUAAGCAAAAAAAACAAGUCGGGGAGAUCUUUAAAUGAGGAGUCGGGAGGGGAGGAAGACAAUGAGAGAAAGAAGAGAGGGACUUUCUUUUCCUGGUCCAGAAGUAAGAGCAUGGGAAAAUCGCAGAAGAAGAGAGAGAAUGGAGACAUUUCUAAUGAUUGUUCUAUUAUCAAUGGGGUUCCCAGCAGGAGACGGGAAUCGCAAGGCUCUGUAUCCUCUUCAGCCAGUCUUGAGAUGAUUCAUUGUGGCAGUAAUGGCAAUGUGCUGGAGUUUGAAUCGUCAAGAGUGUCUUCUUCCGAGAAAUCCCCCAAGCACUGUUACAUCACCAUGCCAGACGGCUCCUCCUGUGCCAUGGCCGUGAAAACUGGCUUCUCCAUUAAGGAGAUCUUAAGCGGCUUGUGUGAGAAACACGGAUUCAACAUCGCUGCAGUGGAUCUAUUUUUAGUCGGAGGCAACAAGCCUCUUGUUCUCAGCCAAGACAGCAGCAUUCUGGAGUCCCGGGAUCUAAGAAUAGAAAAACGAACUUUAUUCCGUUUGGAUCUUGUACCAAUUAACAGAUCAGUGGGACUGAAAGCCAAACCUACAAAGCCAGUAACUGAAGUCUUGCGUCCAGUUGUGGCAAAAUACGGGCUGAAUCUUGGCGAGCUGGUAGCGAGGCUGAGUGGGGAGGAGGAGCAUCUAGAUCUGGGGGUCCCCAUCUCCACCUUGGAUGGGCAGAGAGUUGUACUGGAAGAGAAAGAGAACUCUAAAAGUAAAGACAAAGGCAAGGCCCCGGCCAUCAAAUCCAAUCCGGCAACGGCAAACUCCAGAAAUCAUACAUCCACGGUAGAAGAUCGGCCUCUGGUAAAAUCCGCCUCCAUCAGACUGAAGGGAGAAUACGGAAAAGGAACGAAAGAUCUUCGAGUGCCAAGGAAGGAUGAUGCGGUUUUGAGGGUGGGAAGAAAGAAUCGGCAUAAAAUCAAUCUGGACGAAGCGGAAGCCUUUUUUGAACUGAUUUCGAAAGCUCAGAGUAACCGUGCAGAAGAUCAACGUGGUCUUCUACGGAAAGAGGACCUGGUGCUUCCCGAUUUCCUCCGUCUGUCUCCGCUGGAUGUCGCCUCCUCCACCCCUGCAAAUGCUGGCAAGAAGAGGACUGAAAAGAGCCAUAGUCUUGAUAAAGGCAAUAAUGGGUCUUCCCGUGUAUUGUUGGGUACUAAACAAGACUUCCCACACAAUGGGGCAGACAAGUCCAGUAAGCACAGCGGACUGGAAAAGAGGGACAAAUUAGACAAUGUGCCACCUGCUGGACGGAAACCAUAUGUUCCAUUUAACCCUCCAUUGUCCCCAAUUCCACACGUUCAGGACAGACCUGUCCCCAGCCGAGAGAGGCUCUCCAGAGACUUGUCCAUUGGGAAUAUCCAGACUGUAGAAGAUGACAAUGUAGCUGAUCUAACCCUAGUAGCUGAAGGAGACAUUAGCAGUCCCAAUAGCACUUUACUUCCACUACCCCCCACUCCACCUUACGAUGUGAGUAAGAUCUCCGAAGCCAACUUUUCACCCCCACCUCCAUGCUCGGCCACUCAAGAUAACUCUGGAUAUCAGAGAUCAGGUCACAGAGACAGAAAGAAAAAAAUGUCCCGGAGCACAGAGAGUUUUUCUCAAGAUCAUUACAAGGAGAAAAGCACCAACCGGUGCAACAGCUCCGCUUAUCCACCACAAGCCGGGAGAGUCAUAGACGUGGAUGAAGUCAAACAGUCGGCAAGAAAUCGCGAUUCCAGGGAGGAUGUGGGCAAUGUGAGUUUUGAGGGCUACAUUUCAGAACUGAAGUCUUGCAAAGGCCGAAUGCGGACAGGUGUGUACAGGACGUCAGACCUACCAUCAAUGGUGUCUACAAAGAGCGAGAGAGUCAAAGAGCCGGACACGAAAUAUAAAGCCACCUUUGUGUAGCGGAGAGGUAGACAACCAGCGGAGUUCCAGCUGUUGUGGCUCUACACGUCAUGGGUCUCUGGUGUAGAGACACUGCCACUAACGUGGGAAGCCCAGCUACUAUCUAUAUCCUGUUUCUGAUUCUGGUUGAGUUCAUUUCUGUGUCUUCAAGAACCACUUUGUACAUUGCUAAUUUCCCCAUCCUUAUUUUAAUUUUAAGUCUGGUGAUUAUUUUGCCAAUAUUUCUCAUAUUGUAUUGUCACAUUCUCAUGACAAGAGUGGACAUUCGCUAAGCUCAAUAUAGGUGUCUAAAUCAUUAUUAAUGAAUAAUUACGUUUUCAUAUUUACAUAGAAGGUACACACUGAGAAAUGAGCUCAUGCUUUCAGUAUUGAUUAAUGAGUCUGUACGGUUCUGGAUGCAUAGAUGGGAAGAGUGGUUAGCACAAGUCAUAGGGCCUACUUCAAGGUUGAUUGCAAAACAACAUUUUCCUCUAAUGGGCAAAACCAUGUGCACUGCAGGGGGGAGGGCAGAUAUAACAUGUGCAGAGAGAGUUAGAUUUGGGUGGGGUGUGUUCAACUGAAAUCUAAAUUGCAGUGUAAAAAUAAAGCAGCCAGUAUUUACCCUGCACAGAGACAAUAUAACCCACCCAAAUCUAAAUCUCUCUGCACAUGUUAUAUAUGUCCCUCCCUGCAGUGUACAUGGUUUUGCCCAUCAGAGAAAAAUGAUUUGCAAUCAACCUUAAAUUAGACCCAUAGUGUGAAGUUUAAUCCUUUCUUUUGGUUCUUUCUUUCCUUUGGCUCAUCCUGAAUUUUGGUGAUCAGGAUGCUGAUUUCUGUCAUACAUUCCUCUGAGGAACACAUUCACGGGGUAUAAGUUUGAAAAAGUAUAGAUUUUUGCACAAGAUUUUCCCCUGGUUUUGCCUUUAAAAAUAUCCAGCUGCAGAAUAGCCAAAGAAUUUGUAUUUUUACAGUCUCGCACCCUAUUAUAUUGCCGCCUCAGCUCUCCAAAAUAAAACCUCAGUAGGAGGGAUUACUCUGGAUAGUUAGAUGUGGAAAAGCUCAGAAGUCCCAAGGAGGACCCCCCCCACUGACAUACAAGUCUGCUGCGAGUGGAUUUCUGUAAGGCACUUUCAGACCUCCUUAACGUGGCCAUACUGUACAUUGAAAAUACGUAGCUGACAUGGGCCUAAUUCAUGUUUGUAUGUAAUGGCCAAUGGGCCUAAUUCAGACCUGAUCGCAGCAACAAUUUUGUUAGCUAAUGGGCAAAACCAUGUGCACUGCAGGGGGGGCAGAUAUAACAUGUGCAGAGAGAGUUAGAUUUGGGUGGGUUAUUUUGUUUCUGUGCAGGGUAAAUACUGGCUGCUUUAUUUUUACACUGCAAUUUAGAUUUCAGUUUGAACACACCCCACCCAUAUCUAACUCUCUCUGCACAUGUUACAUCUGCCCCCCUGCAGUGCACAUAGAUGGUCAUUCCGAGUUGUUCGCUCGCUAGCUGCUUUUAGCAGCAUUGCAAAUGCUAGGCCGCCACCCUCUGGGAGUGUAUCUUAGCAUAGCAGAAUAGCGAACGAAAGAGUAGCAGAACUGCUAAUAAAUAAUUCCUUGCAGUUUCUGAGUAGCUCCAGACCUACUCCUAGAUUGCGAUCACCUCAGUCCGUUUAGUUCCUGGUUUCACGUCACAAACACGCCCUGCGUUCGGCCAGCCACUCCCCCGUUUCUCCAGCCACUCCUGCGUUUUUGCCUGACACGUCUGCGUUUUUUAGCACACUCCCGGAAAACGCUCAGUUACUACCCAGAAACGCUCCUUUCCUGUCAAUCACUCACCGAUCAGCAGUGCGACUGAAAAGCGCCGCACGAACAACAGCAAAACUGCUAAGUUUUUAGUUAAAUAACUAAGCGCAUGCGCGCUGCAUACCAUGCGCAUGCGCAUUUAGCAGCAAAGCACAGAAUAGCGAAAAUCGGCAACGAGCGAACAACUCGGAAUGACCACCAUGGUUUUGCCCCAUUGCUAACAAAUUUGCUGCUGCGAUCAGGUCUGAAUUACCCCUUUUGUGUCUACAAAUUCCCAAUCAUAUAAGUUCUAAGCUUAGCUCAGGCAUUGCCCAGCACUUACAGACCGUACUUGACUGCACUAGGCAAGGCUUAUACAAGUAGGAUUUUUUUACUGUACCUGCUGAAAUGAUUAUUCCACCCUAAAAUAUAUUUUUAACAAAUACCCCAAUGAACAGUAGUGUGGUGUCACGCCAGGAGAGUUCACCCCUCUUUGCACUCCAUUGCUUCUUCCUCAUUCACAGCCUUAGAGAAUUCAAACAAUGGCGUGUUACGCCGGGUACACACUAGACGAUAUAUCCUUCAUACAGCUGGAUCUAUCUUCACAACCAUCUUUAGCUGGCUGCACAUGGAGCAAGGUGUGUGGCCGAUGCAACGGAGCAUCCGAAGGCCAACUUAUGGGGGCAAUCCGGUGCCCAACCGCCCGCUGUGCCGACCCUCCUCUGCAUAGCGCUGCAUGGGAUCGUCCACCCACAUCGCUGAUCAUUUGAACAUGCAGAAAGAUCAGCGACGCAGGCGAAAGAACCCAUGGGUGCGACAAUGGGCGACAUCAUUCCCACACACAGCACGAUAUAGCUGCUAUAUAGUUCCAAUUCGUGGGAUGGGCGAAUUGGGUGUACACCCUUAAGGGUGUAAACCCAAUGCAUCUGUGAACAAUGGGCCUAAUUCAGUAAGGAUUGCACAUUCUGCUAAUUUCCAGAUUUUGCAAUCCUUUCGCUAGCAUUCAGGGGGCGCCCAUCGGAGGGUAAGGCCGCCCAUCGCAGGGCAAGGCCACCCAGCAUUCUGACUGCCGCCUCCAUCCCCCCACCCUUCAACAAGUAGAAAUUGUGAAUGCAUCGCAAUUUCUGCUUGUUAGAAGAAAUAGAGGAUGCCUCCUGCCUGCGCAGGAGGCCCGCCACCAUGUUCCCGAUCACAGUGGCUGCAUGUGACAUCACGCAGCCACCGCGAUCACGCUGGCAUUUGCGCCGCACCGCUUCCUGUUUGCGCCACAACGCUCCAUCUCCACCCUGGAAACGGAACUUUGCCGCACCCCCGCCCCGUGACCGCCACUGCCUGACUGACAGGCAAAGGGGAUCACAUUUUCUUCGCCCCCCUCUGCAGAAAGUGCGGGUGCUUGCACAGGACGGGCACUGCGCAUGCGCCCGCGGAGCGAUUGUAAUAAUUCUGGUUGGAUCGCAAUUUGCGAUCCAACCUGAAUUAGCCCCAAUGUCUUUCACUGAUAAAUUGCAUCAUCCGAGCUGCAUAGUUACCAUGAAAGGUAGAGCAUGUUUGCUGAUUUUUGGAGACUAAACCAAACUGAAUAUGAAAUUAGUAUUUUUGACCCGUCAUUCCCUGGUUCACUAGCUCCUUUAUGACUCAUCCCACCCAUCUUUCCAUCUUCUCCUUGUCCACCUCCUCCUUCCUCAGUGUCUCUCUCCAUUCCUCCCCUAUCUCUCUCCCUACCUGUCUCUCUGACUCAGGACCUUCUCAUCUGGGGGCACCUGGCUUAGGACCUUCUUCCUCUAGAGGAAUGGGGAGGUGCGGAUGGUGUGUCUGGUUUUGGACCUUCAUCCUUUGAAUGGGGGGUGGGGGGGUGGGGUGGAAUACAGUAUGUCCUGUCAGGCAGCCAGUGAGAGCUGUGAGGAGAGAGAGGUGGGUACGGAGCCUCCCUCCAGCAAUCUACUGGGUUAGUACAACUAACUGUUUGAAUAAACAUGUAAAAAAAAAACAUAAGUACCAAGCACAUGAAUAAAAUCUUGUAGAGAAUAGCUAUUUUUAUACACUUGUAAAUAUCGCCUAACUAACUAAAAGAGUUUAUAACCUACAAAUGAUGUUUGGGGAGUUUAUUGCACUUUUGUGUCUUGUCACUGUACGUUAUUUGUCAUUGUAAAAUACGUCCUGCAUUUCAGUAGAAUAAAAAACUAAGCGGUUUGUUUAUGCAAUCGUUGCUUUGAGUUGACCAUGAGAUCCCGGCCCUCAUUCAGCAGUGGCGGCGGAAUUCAGUAUUUGUGCGCUGUAAUUUAGCUGCAUCUUUGUGUAAUGUUUGCAAUGUUAUUAAGACGUUACCAUUUUAAA